AUGGCAACCAAUACUGUACUCGACGAACCCGAGCAGGCCAAAUUGAUAGUCGAGAACACUAUUCUGGAUGCUAAUGCAUUUGAUUACUCGAGUGACGAAGAUGACUCCUCCAGUAUCGGGGAUGAAGAAGACAACAUUGUAGACGAGGAAAACGAUAUUGUCGAUAAUUUCUUUGAUAUUGAAAUGAACAGUAAUCCAGUUUUCAACGCGUUCUCUGACAUGUUUUCUUCUGCUGCUGCUUCUGAUGAGGUAUCAAUGACCGAUGAUGACUCUGAGAUCCCGGAAGAAGUCUUUGAGACAAUUGGCGCUGUAAAUGACCCUACAAGCUGUUAUCCUUUUCGCGAUCUUCAAACCAUGAUCCUUUUUGCUUUUAUCGAUGGGGAUAACGACAUGAUCUCCCAGCGAAUGUUGAAGAAGAUACUGCUUGCAAUGAACUUGAUCAUUAAGAUCCAGCAAGAAACUCCCAUAAGAAGAACAUUUAAGUUACCUCGUUUGGAUGCUCUUUUAAAUUAUCAGGCAAGAAAGAAGUCCAAGAUGCCUGUCUUUCCUUCACAAAGAAUAUCAGUACCUGGAUCAAACGGGAACGCAUUCGCCCACAUUAACCUUCUGUCUGAUCACUUGAGAUUUCUUAUGGCAAACCCAAAGAAAUCCAAGUUGAUCUUGUCCAUGCCCGAUCGUACCCCAAACCAAUCGAUCUGUUUGGAACAAGGUGAAAAGUGGAGAACCCACCAUCUCUUUCAGCAGCCUAUGCACACUGUAAAUGGUAUAGAUGUCUGGUUUGGAAACAUCGUUUACUUGAAGACAAACGAUUGCAGCAUCCGCUUUUUGGUUGAAUUGUUCCACAUGGCAAAUAAAAACAUUUUUGCGAGAGGGUAUCUGGUCAGAGCGAUUUCGAUUGUAUGCUAUGGCGUUGAGGUUGCUGUUACCGAUCUUAGAGUAGAGCAGAUCUCUCACGUUGACACCACUCCUGUUGAAAGAGAUCACUACUACAGUAUCUCAAGUAGCCUUACCAGAUUGAGUCCUGCUCAUGACUUUCUUCUUUUUGGAGUUCAUCCAAUGAAGAAGUCUAUGCCUCUUUCUGUUUUGCCCGGUAAUGUAGAUCGCGAUGCAGUGUUUUACAAAGUUAGGAUUGUUUCAAUCAUCCUUUUUACAGACGACACUUCCGGCAAUCGUUCAAAGCAGUACAAUCCAUUUGAAAGCUGGUUAAUGAGAUGCGCUGCCUUGCCUUUUAAGGAUCGAAAUUCGAUAGCAAACAUCUAG